AUGUCUUCAAUGUCGGCUACUCACUGUGCCAUUGAAAACUGCCGAACAACUAUAUUAAACAAACCGCCGGGAGUUUCGUUUCAUCCAUGUCCAACAACUAAUGAAAUGCGCAAGCGAUGGCUGAGAUUGUUAAAAAAUAAAUGUUCCAUGUUAGACUGGUACAAAAGCCAAAUCUGUUCUAAACAUUUUGAACCAAAAUUCUUUGAUUCUCAAAGAAAACUGAAGGAGAAUGCAGUGCCCACUAUCUUCGCACCUUCUCUACCAAAACUUGCUGUUGCAAAAUCUGUGAAGGAUCCACCAAGAACCAGGAUUGAUAGGUUACUGCACAAACUUACACAGGCUGAGCUGACAGCCAACAUUAAAACCAGUAUGAGCAAACUAAAAGAACCAGCUGACCUAGAUGCAUUUGUUUCUGAUGACCUAAAGUGCACUCCAGAUGCCCCAAAAGAGGCUGUGUUAUGGCUCAUGGUAAAAAAACAAGAACAUUUGAACAACAGACUAAUGGACUUGGUUGUCCAGACAAAGAAACAUGUGGAAAUUCUCCAGAAUAAUUCUGAAGAAGCAAAAGUUGCUAAAAGGGAAAAUGAACAUACUAUUGAGUCUCUAAGAUAUGUUGUAAAAUGUCUCCAAGAGAAGCAUGCCACACUUGAAGAACAAAUUGAGAUACUGACUUCUGUGGAAUCGAGAUAG